CUAGCACUGGUGUCGUCAUCGAUUUUUGCGACAUCUUUUACUGACGUAUCUAUUCCCAGCAUUCACAAUUCACAUCAACGGGAUCGAAACCGUCGAAAAUCGUCUAUUAUUAUUUCAGUGAACUUUCACGUUGUUUGUGAUUGGUUUGCGUCCAAAGUAUGCACACUUGUUCGUCGUAUCUCUGAAAUCAAAAGGGAAAAAGCAGAGUCGGUGUGCAGCAGCUGGGGUCGUUGGCUGGGAGGAGGAGGGCGUAGCAUGUAAUGUGGCGUUGUCUGAGGGUCGGUCCUAGCGAGCAUGCCCGCCCCGAGCAACACGGGCAGCAGCAGUCCCAGCAACACAGGGGGCCCCAACAACUCAGCUGUGAACGAAGCCUGUGGCAUUCGCGAUGUUUGGGCCUCAAACUUAGAGGAGGAAUUCAAACGCAUCAUACAUGUUGUACAGAAGUACAGUUAUGUCGCCAUGGACACAGAGUUUCCUGGCGUGGUGGCACGUCCAAUCGGAGAGUUCCGCAGCACAGCCGAUUACCAGUACCAGCUGUUACGCUGCAAUGUCGACCUGCUCAAAAUCAUCCAGCUGGGUCUUACUUUCCUCGACGACCACGGCAACACACCACCAGGCCAUUCCACAUGGCAAUUCAACUUCAAGUUCAGUCUCACGGAGGACAUGUAUGCACAGGACUCUAUCGACCUCCUCACGAAUUCUGGUAUCCAGUUCAAGAAGCACGACGAGGAGGGCAUCGACCCCUACGAAUUUGCACAGCUCCUCAUGACAUCAGGGGUUGUCCUGUCAGAACAUGUCAAGUGGCUCUCCUUUCAUAGUGGUUAUGACUUUGGCUACAUGCUGAAGCUGUUGACAAAUCAGGAGCUCCCCUCGGAGGAGUCAGUGUUUUUCGAUCUGCUGCGUAUCUACUUCCCCACAAUUUAUGAUGUCAAGUACCUCAUGAAGAGCUGUAAAAACCUUAAAGGGGGCCUGCAGGAGGUCGCAGAACAGUUGGAGCUGGAAAGGAUUGGACCACAGCACCAGGCGGGAAGCGACAGCUUACUCACGGGUGCAGCCUUCUUCAAGAUGAGAGAAAUGUUCUUCGAAGAUAACAUAGACGAUGCCAAGUACUGCGGCCACUUGUACGGCCUGGGAACGUCGUACGUCAUGAACGGCAACACCGCGUACCACGAAGAGGCGGCACCCCCCACAGCGUCCAGCAUGUCCGCUGCUUCCUGACACCAGCCGUCCUGCGCCCCUCCGUCGUCACCAAAAGACAAACAGCAGACUGUAGACAGGAGUGGUCUCCUCACCACCCAAAACCUCCUAAAUGCGACCGCCACUCCGCGAAAAUUUUUUUCCUGGGCGACUUUGCUGCUCUUUGCAGCCCUUUUUUUAGUAACCCUGAACCUCAGAACUGCAACUGUAUGUAUAUACGUAUCUGUAUAUACGUAGGUAUUUUUGUGCGUUAUGUUUUGGGCACACAUGAUAUUGAAAGGUAACAGAAAAGAGAAUGAAAGAAAGAAAGAAGGAAAAAAAACAAGUAGAAAGCACAAAACGUUGGCUGCUUUUGUGAACUUUCUCCUCUCCCUGUCUUUGAAUCAUGCUUGUGUUGGAAUGAGACUUGAGAGACGUUAGCUUUGUCAGUUUCUAUCUGACCAUGUGGUGUAAUCAGGUGUAGGUUAUGGCAGUAUGUGCUUCUCUUGGCAUUGAAAGCUAUCACAUAUUACAAAAUCUCGCACUGUGGAAUGGGUUGAUAACGUUGAAGAGAAACCCCUCUUUUAACGAACGUUUUAGUUGCAAGAGGUUCUCAAAUGUGCCAUGUCCAAUCAACAUGCUCUUCUUUUAACUUGCUUUGCAUUUUCUUAACUAAUAACUUUUAAGACAUAUGUUAGGAUUGAUUAUGAGGGUUAAAAGAGGUGUUAAGUUUGCACGUAUGAGCUUAUAAUUGCCACCGACUUUGCUCAGGUUCACCUUUUACCAUUUUUAACAGGCAAGCACAUCUGGUAGUAGUAGUAGCAUGCGGUAUAAGUUUUAUCCACAGCAUAUAGUUUGAUCAUAGUAGUUACUCUGUAUGACAAACAAUAAAACUUGCUGUUUUCUACAGAACCAUGUUAGCAGACCUGCAACACGUUCUUUUUGCUCAGUAUAAUUCUAAUUCUCUAGCUCUCCUGUUCACUUUACCAACCUGCCAUACUGAGAGUAGUUUUGAAAAAUGUAAGUAUUGACCUCAAGUGAUCAUGCCUAUUUAGUAAGAUCAAAAGGAUAAAAAUUUCCAGCCAUCAGAUGCAGGGAUGGUUUCAGAAAUGUUUUGAACAGAAGGAAAAUGAUUGAAGGUAUAGGUGUUUGGGGUCAAAAGUUUGAGCCAGCGUUUCAGCUAUUUUAUGUUAGUAAAGCGAUGCCCACAAUUGCGACAUUUUUUACGGCUGUUGCUACUGUAUGUACUUCCUUUACAAAGGCCUGCUGUUGUGUGGGAUUGGUAGAUCUUUGUACACUACUUUUCUAUUGAGAUUGAGCUCGUGCUCCAUUUCAGCGCAUUUUUAUUUCAUGAAUGAAAAGCAUCAAAAUUUGACUUCAGUCAUGGAACACUGACACUAUGCUGACACUUUCAUUCCAAACAUCAAGUUGUGUAAUGUGUGUGUCUGUCUAUCAUGACCCAUUCAUGAGACAAUGCACUUUUUUUGUUUGUGCACAACUCUGCUUGAAUGCUAUAUCCCAUGUUGCUUUUAUAUGCUUUAGUUUCAGAUGCUAUGGUCUUGACCAUGAAAGGUUGUGAAGCCUGCAGCUUGUGUAAUGAAUCAUGGUUCGAUUGGGAGGUCAGCCUGUAUAAAAGCUCUUUAAAUGCACACGAUGCAUACAGGAAAUUUGUCUCCUACAGGCUGUGCACAUUUCGAAGACAGCUUCUUUGGAUCAAGCAGAACCUAAUUGGAUCUGCAUGAGUGCAGGCAACAUAUUCUCAAUACUAUGUCAAAUUGCUUUACAAAAAUGCAAAAAUAAAACAAAACGAAACAAAUAAAAACCCUGUCUGGUGGGAUCAUGGAACUUACCAUUCUGGAGGAAUAUAUAAGCUAUGCAUUUGGCUAUCAACACUGAUAUACCAAAGCAUGCACUCCAAUUAAUGAUUAUCUAGAGUAGAGUAUUAGCACCAAUGUGGAAAGUACUGCAAGGUAGGACCAGUAUCGGAAACACAAUAGCAACCCUCCUCCUGGAAGCAAAAGAGCGACACAUUGGGGACAUUGCUACACAUGUGAGUGCAGACCAGGCACUGCUAAGUGACAGAUUGGCACCGGCAGUUUGUGAUGCCAGUGCUAUGAAUCGUACGUGUGCAAAGUCUCCAGGUGCUGUCCUGGUGCAUGGCCCAAUCAUGAUGAUGUGCUGCAAACCUUAGCAUGCAUUCUGUAAAUGCAGCAGAGCUCCACGGUAUUGGGUUACAACGGGCAUCAACUCUUACAUUCUAACUACAGUUGUUUUGGUGUGGCAAUAAUUCUUCACACGACAACACAGAAAUAUCAACUUCUGCAUGUCUUUUCUCAAUGGUUUUGGGUGCGGCUUGUAACAAUAAAGAGGAGGCCUAUCUGUCUUCAUCAUGCUGUGUGACGUUUUCCCAAUGGCAGUGAUUCCAUGUUGUAAAUAAAAGGGCACACAUCCA